AUGAGCAGAUCGUCCAAGCCAAACCUCCUCUUUGAUAGUGAAAUUGAGAAGACCGCGAAGAAGCUAAGAAAGGAGGCGAAGGCAAGGAAGCUACUGGAUCUGCUGGAUUCGCAGGCUGACCUUCCCGUUCGACCGGAGCAGUUUGUCGAGGAGAAACCCGGUUCUGUCGCUGCUGAAGAGGUUCCCCACGAAGCUGAUGACCCUCCAACUCCGAUCCGGAUGCCGGCGGCUGCUACUGCUAUCGAAAUUAAGCUUGGGUUGCUUAAUGUUCUUCCUAAGUACUACGGGAAAAAAAGAGAAGAUCCAUAUAAUUUCCUAAGCGAAUUUAUCAAGAUCUGCAAGACGAACGCGCUAAAGAAGGAGAUCAGUGGUGCAAAGCAGGAGUAUGAUGAAUCGUUAAGCGCCUACUGGACCAGAUUUAGAAGAUUGGUGGAUAGUUGCCCAAACCACAAGUUUUCUGAGGGUGACUUGUUGCAGUAUUUCUACCAAGGGAUGACCGUUGACACUAAGAAUUUGGUGAACUCAGCAAGUGGAGGGGGAUUUUCCCAAAACACGGUGAGUGAAGCCAAAAGAUUAAUUCAACACUUGGUGGAAGCUACGAGGGAAUAUGAUGAGCCACGCAUUCAAAUGCUCAAGAAAGCUGUGCAAGCAAGCUCCUCAAAUUUGGAUGACAAGUUAGAAGAGAGAUUGGGAAGGAUGGAGAGAAUGCUAAGCACUGUGGUGGAGAAAGUAGCGAGCGCUGGACAACCGACGGAAAAACCAUGUGGAGCGUGUGGAAACUUUGGCCAUACGAGCUUGCAGUGCACAAGGGCCGAGCAGAAGGUGCAAAUCGAGGGACUAUCUCGUCAGAUGUCUCAGCUCGCCACAUCCAUGAAUCAGCUUAAGGGGAAUAAUGGAGCUUUGCCAUCUCAAGUUCAUGUGAAUCCCAAGGAGAAUGUCAACAAGAUCACCCUGAGGAGCGGUACAGAGUUGGACGGACCGACACCCCAGAACUCUCAAGAUGGACCGCAUGUAGAUUCUGGAGUCGAAUUUCGUGUGGAGGAAUUCGAGCGUUCUGUUGGCGCAAAGGAUUCGGUCAUUCAGCAUGCAGAACAGCCCCGUUUGGCCAAACAGAGCAAGGGGCCGACAGCUGAGCAGAAGGGGAAAGGAGCAGCACUUGAAUCCAACGAAGAGGAGCAGACCAAGGUCUCUAAACCGUUGAGCUUACAUGAUCCCAAGGCUGCAACAUCAGUCCCCUUUCCAGGAAGGUUGGCGAGGAAGAAGCCGGAAGAGGAGCUCAUAGAUUUUGUGAAGAUCUUCGGCAAACUUGAAGUGAAUCUUCCAUUCUUGCAAGCACUGAAAAUUCCUUCCUUUUGGGAAAUUUGUGAAGGACUUCAUAGCUGGAAAGUCCAAGGCAACUGGUAA